AUGGCUCAACUUGAUCCCACCAACAAACAUGGAGACAAUGCCAGAACUCCUACCAUCCCGAGUGUCGAUCAACUUCUCCGAGGUGCAACAGGAGAAACAACAGAUUUGUCACUAACCAUGUUGCCUACAUUAAGAAGGGAGGACGAGGUGGAUGAAGAUCCUUCUUGCCACCCUCAAAAGAAAUCAGUGCUUACCAAAGUGAAAGAGAAGGCAACAAAACUACGACAUAAAAAAAAGGAAGAGAUAAACGAAGAAUAGGAAAGACACUAUGGUCAUCAAAGAUUCACCUACAAGAAUCUAUAUAAAGCCACCAAAGGUUUCCAAGAGAAAGAGCUUCUUGGAGCAAGAGGUAUCGGAAAAAUAUACAGAGGAAAAACUGCUUCUGGUGUAGAAAUUGCAGUGAGAAUCUCCCUCAGUUCAAAACAAGGAAUGAAAGAGUUUGCAGCUGAGAUCAUAAGCAUGGGAAGGCUAAGGCAUAGGAAGUUGGUGAAGCUUCUAGGGUAUUGCAGGCGGAAGGACGAGCUUCUUUUGGUAUAUCUUGACUAGCUUUUAUUCAGGAACAAGAAACCAAAUCUUGAUUGGCCUCAAUGAUUUCAUAUCAUCCAAGGAGUGGCAUCAGCUCUCUACCUCCAUGAAGAAUGGGAGCAAAUUGUGCUGCACAGAAAUGUAAAAGCUAGCAAUGUUCUGUUAGACACAGAUCUCAAUGGGUGGCUAGGAGAUUUUGGCCUAGCUAGAUUAUAUAACUAUGAAACCAAUCCGUAAACCAUGCACCUGGCUGGAACCACAGGCUAUCUAGCAUUGGAGCUUACAAGAACUGGAAAGGCAACAAAGAGUAUGGAUAUGUUUGCUUUUGGAGUUUUAAUGCUUGAGGUAGCUUGAAAAAAGUCAAUAGAGGCACAAACGCGGCCAGAAGAUCUCAGUUUGGUUGAGUGGAUUAUUGAGUGCUGGAAAAGGACUGAAUUUUUUGACUGAUAAUAGUCCUAUUCUACUUAAACUCUUUAGCAUAUUAGUCAAUAUAUGUGAUUGUUUGCUGAAAUCCAGAAAGGACUGAAUCUUCAUCAGUGCUACAAUAGCUACAUAUAUACAAUCGAUAAAAUGAAAUUAUUGAUUACUGAAGAAAAGGACUAUUCAUUUUUGUUGCUAA